AUGUCCAACCAUCGUCCCUCAGCAGGUAUCCAGCUCUCGUCUCCCACUAGGUAUCCAGCGUUCGUCUCCCAGCAGGUAUCCAGCCAGCCCUCGUCUCCCAGCAGGUAUCCAAUCCUUGUCCCCCAGCAGGUAUCUAGCCCUCAUCUCCCAACAGGUAUCCAGCCUUCAACCCCCAGCAGGUAUCCAGCCCUCAUCCCUAUGCAGGUGUCCAGCCCUCAUUCCUCAGGAUGUAUCCAGCCCUUGUCCACCAGCAGGUAUCCAGCGUUCGUCUCCCAGCAGGUAUCCAGGCUCUCAUCCCUCAGCAAGUAUCCAGCCCUCGUCCCGCAGCAGGUAUCCAGCCCUCAUCACCCAGCAGGUAUCCAGCCCUUGUCCCUCAGCAGGUAUCAUGCCCUUGUUCCCCAGCAGGUACCCAGCCCACGUCCUUCAGCAGGUAUCCAGCUCUUGUCUCCCAGCAGGUAUUCAGCCUUCAUCCCUCAGCAGGUAUCCAGCUCUCAUCUCCCAGCAGGUAUCCAGCCAUCGUCCCUCUUCAGGUAUCCAACCCUCAUCCCCCAGCAGGUAUUUGGCCCUCGUCUCCCUGCAGGCAUCCAGCUCUCGUCCCUCAACAGGUAUCCAGCUCUCGUCUCCCAGCAGGUAUCCGGCCCUCAUCUUCCAGCAGGUAUCCAGCCCUCGUCCCCCAGCUGGUAUCCAGGCCUCAUCUCCCAGCAGAUGUCCAGCCAUCGUCCCUCAGCAGGUAUCCAGCUCUCGUCUCCCAGCAGGUAUCCAGCGUUCGUCUCCCAGCAGGUAUCCAAUCCUUGUCCCCCAGCAGGUAUCUGGCCCUCAUCUCCCAACAGGUAUCCAGCCUUCAACCCCCAACAGGUAUCCAGCCCUCAUCCCCCAGCAGGUGUCCAGCCCUCGUUCCUCAGGAUGUAUCCAGCCCUUGUCCACCAGCAGGUAUCCAGCGUUCGUCUCCCAGCAGGUAUCCAGGCUCUCAUCCCUCAGCAAGUAUCCAGCCCUCGUCCCGCAGCAGGUAUCCAGCCCUCAUCACCCAGCAGGUAUCCAGCCCUUGUCCCUCAGCAGGUAUCAUGCCCUUGUCCCCCAGCAGGUACCCAGCCCACGUCCUUCAGCAGGUAUCCAGCUCUUGUCUCCCAGCAGGUAUUCAGCCUUCAUCCCUCAGCAGGUAUCCAGCUCUCGUCUCCCAGCAGGUAUCCAGCCAUCGUCCCUCUUCAGGUAUCCAACCCUCAUCCCCCAGCAGGUAUUUGGCCCUCGUCUCCCUGCAGGCAUCCAGCUCUCGUCCCUCAACAGGUAUCCAGCUCUCGUCUCCCAGCAGGUAUCCGGCCCUCGUCUCCCAGCAGGUAUCUGGCCCUCAUCUUCCAGCAGGUAUCCAGCCCUCGUCCCCCAGCUGGUAUCCAGGCCUUGUCCCCCAGCAGGUAUCCAGCCCUUGUCCCUCAGCAGGUAUCCAGUCCUCGUCCCCCACCAGGUAUCCAACUCUCAUCUCCCAGCAGGUAUCCAGCCCUCAUCCCCAGCAGGUAUCCACGUCUUUUCUCCCAGCAGGUAUUCAGCUCUUGUCUUCCAGCAGGCAUCCAGCCCUUUUUUCCCAGCAGGUAUCCAGCCCUUAUCCCCAGCAGGUAUCCAGCUCUCAUUCCCCAGCAGGUAUUCAGCCCUCGUCUCCCAGCUGGUAUCCAGCCCUCGUCCACCAGCUGGUAUCCAGCCCUCGUCCACCAGCUGGUAUCCAGCCCUUGA